AACAUGCUUAGCACACGCUUGCGAACACAGGAAACAAGAGCAGUUCCUAAAAUGGCAUGUGAGUUUCCGUUUUCAGUCACUCGAGAGACAGAACUGAUGGUACUUGCUCCCUGACACACUAGAGCAUCUGCUUCACUUGGGUACAGAAUGCCUCAACUCCUGGGUAACAGCAGUUCACAUGGACAGGCUGCCGUAUAUUAUGCAUCAGAAUCCAUUGUCUCUAUUGCUGUCUUCACCAUUGUUUUCAUCAUAGGUAUCCCAGGCAAUGGAUUGGUGAUCUGGGUAGCUGGUCUGAAAAUGAAAAGGUCUGUGAACAUUGUCUGGUUCCUAAACCUUGCUGUGGCUGACUUCAUGUGCUGCUUGUCCUUGCCAUUUUCCAUAGCUCACCUGGCCCUCUAUGAACACUAUCCAUAUGGUUGGUUCCUCUGCAAAGUCAUUCCUUCAGUCAUAGUGUUUACUAUGUUUACUAGUGUCUUCCUACUUGUGGCCAUCAGCAUUGACCGGUGCCUCCUUGUGAUGAAACCUGUCUGGUGUCAAAAUCACCGAACAGUGAAAUGUACAUCAUUAAUAUGCAGUGGCAUUUGGAUCCUGGCCUUAAUUUUCUGCUGUCCUGUAUUUCACUACCGUGAGACUAGCACUCAUGAUGGCAAAACUGAGUGUGGGUACAAUUUUGGAGACAACGAAGUGCUGGAUUACGUGGAUGAUGCUGUAUAUGAGCUAUUGGAAAAAAACUCACUUUUAACCUACAACGGUAAUGACUCAUGGGGAAAUUUCUAUGAAAGUGAUUAUUCUGUAUCCCCUGCCUUAGUGGCAAUAAACACCAGUAGGGCUGUCUUUGGCUUUGUACUCCCCUUUGGCAUCAUGGCAGUUUGCUAUGCCCUUAUUGCUUUCCAAAUGCGUACAAGUCAGUUUCACAAGCCAUGCAACAAAAUGCUGAGAACAAUUGUGCUUGUAGUAACUCUAUUCUUCAUCUGCUGGGCUCCAUAUCAUGUAGUAGGGAUUCUGUCCCUUGUACCUACUCUUGGAACAGGACUGAGGGAAAAUUUGAUCCUCUGGGAUCACCUCUCUACAGCACUUGCAUAUGCCAACAGCUGCAUCAACCCCUUGCUCUAUGUUUUUGUGGGACAAGACUUCAGGACAAAGGCACGGCAAACAGUGAAAGGAAUCUUGGAAGGUGCGUUUACUGAGGAACUAACACGUGCAAUCCCAUCCGCCCUUGACAGAAGCAAGACUUCAACAGAGAAGGACGGUAGCAGCACAGUGUAAUAUAGGACUUCUGAUCCCCACGGUAGAAAGAGCAAGCUUUGGCCCUGCACAUCAGUCACUACAUUUAACAGCUUUUUUUGCUCUAACACAUUUGAUUAAUCUGCAGAUCCGCACACUGAGACAGUUCUGAUAAGAACAGCUAAGACCCUUUAUAUCCUGCUCUAGAGAGUUGGGAAGUUGGAAGUACCAAGAGUAUCUGAGGGCAUACCAGGGAAGACCCUGGUGAAGCAGGAGACACAGCACUUUAAAGAAGAAAGCACACCUGCAGAAUGAUUUAUGGUGGGAUCAUGUAGUUUAACCUCUGAAUUGCUAGAUGAGAAUGUCAUUAUAGCUAUUUGCAUGUCUAUGUUCUACAUCUCCCAUCUUUGAUAAACUGGAGAUUAAACUAACUUUGAUAUCUUUCAUUCAAA